UUACUAUUUCUUGCCAUAUUCCAUUAACACAUAUCUCCAUACAUUUAUUCAACACACAAAAGUAAAACACCAAUAUUUUUUGAACAAAUUAAUUGAUCAUGUCUGCGACAAGAGUCAUCAAGCAGAUUGCAAGGUUUUCUUCACAAUAUCCGGCUUCAAACACUUCACAUCUCAGACAAUAUCAUGGCCUAUCUCCGAACUCGGGUUAUCGGUGUCUUAGCAACCACACAAGAAUGCAGAUCUAUAACACACACAAAAGAAAAUUUUCUGUUGAUAGCGGCAGUGUUCAACCUCAACCUAGUGCUCCAUUACCUCCAUCUUCAUACUUGAAGUGGAUUCUUGGAUUAGUGGCUUCAAUUGUUGUACCUUCUACAAGCGAUACAUGGGGUCCAUUUCUCCAAUUCAAAAAGGAUGUUGAUGCGGUGGUGGAAACGAUCGAAGAAAUGGUGGAGGUUGUAGAGAAAGUGGCGGAGAUAGUUGAUAAGGUGGCGGAGGAGAUCUCCGAGGAUAUGACGGAAGGCCAGAAACUGAAGAAAGUGGUGGAUCAUUUGGAGGAUGUGGCUGAAGCUACAGCUCAAGAUGCCCGGACAGUUGGAGAUGCCAUUGACAAGUUUCAAGAAGUGGAAGGGAAGAUCGAAGGGAUAAUUGGUAUAAAUGAUGAAGCCAGUUAACGAUGAAAUUGUAAUAUUAAUUAAUUGUGACUUACAUGUAUCUGACCAGUAGCUAGGCUGGAAUUCCGUCUUAGUUAUUAAGUCAUUAUUAUUAAUUGUACAUAUAAAGAAUUCCAUAUGAUAGAAUCACGUGUUCCCUUUC